AGAGAGAGAGUGGAGUUGAGCUAAUUGUAGCCUAAUCCCAUGGCCCAGAGGCACUCGGGCACCCCGGAGCAGGAUUUUUCUCUUUUCGAGCUUCGCUCUGUUAUUUACAGACGGAUUAUUGGCUUUCUUCUUCUCACAACAAACCACAGGGGCAGUUCCGUUUAGGCAAAAGAAGAAGAAGAGAAUACGCUGAAAUACGAAGCAGGAUUCCAAACAAGAGCGCACAUCUUCUUCUUCUUUUCUCCCCCCCCCUCCUCUCUCCCCUAUCUCGCGCGUAUCCAAAUAAGAGCGGCGCAGAGGAAGGAGACCAGCUCAUCCAUGUACAAGGAGGGAAGAAGCAUGUCACGGCUGUCUCUGACCCGGUCCCCGGUCUCCCCUCUGGCCUCCCAGGGGAUCCCACUGCCGGCUCAGCUGACCAAGUCCAACGCCCCGGUGCACAUCGACGUGGGGGGACACAUGUACACCAGCAGCCUGGCGACGCUCACCAAGUACCCGGACUCCAGAAUCAGUCGCUUGUUCAACGGCACCGAGCCCAUCGUGUUGGACAGCUUGAAGCAGCACUACUUCAUAGAUCGGGACGGCGAGAUAUUCCGCUACAUUCUCAGCUUCCUCAGGACCAGCAAACUGCUGCUCCCGGACGACUUCAAGGACUUCCACCUGCUGUACGAGGAGGCGCGCUACUACCAGCUGACGCCCAUGAUCAAGGAGCUGGAGCGCUGGAAGCAGGAUCGCGAGCAGCGGCGAAUGGGGCAGCCCUGCGACUGCCUGGUGGUCCGCGUCACGCCCGACCUGGGCGAGAGGAUCGCCCUGAGCGGCGAGAAGGUCCUCAUCGAGGAGAUCUUCCCGGAGACGGGAGACGUCAUGUGUAACUCGGUCAACGCCGGCUGGAACCAGGACCCGACGCACGUCAUCCGCUUCCCCCUCAACGGCUACUGCAGGCUCAACUCUGUCCAGGUCCUGGAGCGCCUUUUCCAGAAAGGCUUCAGCGUGGCGGCGUCCUGCGGAGGCGGCGUGGACUCGUCCCAGUUCAGCGAGUACGUGUUGUGUCGCGAGGACCGACGGAGUCUCUGCCUCAACACGCCCAUCAGGAUAAAACAGGAACCGCUGGACUAAGGCAUCCUGGGAGAGGGACUGCCGGCCCUACCAACGCUCCUUCCACCCCCCCCCCCCCUCACCGCCCCGUCCUAACUACCCCGUCGCAACCAGCCCCAACGCACCGAAGUAUUAGCGGAGGCGCGUUAACCUCGCCGCCUCUGCGGAACUCUUAAGGGGAAUGUAGUACCAAACCAAGGAGAAAAAGAAAAAGGUUUUAAUUAUGUGAAAUGCGCCAGAAGAAUCUGGGACUGUGAUGAAAACAGCAACGACGACUCGACUCACGCAGCUCACUUGAACCAUUUUAGCACCGUCAUUGGUGGAUUUUCCCCCCCCCCUGUAAUUCUUAUGAGAAAGAGGUUCUCAACCCUUUUUGGAGUGACACAACUGGCCCCUCCUCCCAACACACACACACACACACCACCCUUCUUCUGUCAGUGGUGUAUCACCCGGUUGUGUCGGUAUGAGGCCCAUGUCUGGUCUGCUGAAGGACAGGAAAGCAUCGGCAGACAGGACACUGUUAAGGAUGGCAGGAAGAGGACAUGAUCUCAUCUUGCGGAUCCCCCGAAAAGGGCCCAAAUCGACCCUGAGGCCCCCCCCCCCACUCUCCACACAGGCCUGGCUGCAGACGACCGGGCGCCUCGCCGAAAGACAGCAUCGUUCGCCAAACUGAUUGUUUAUUACAAUUUUCAUUGUUGUUUCUAAAGUAUGUUCUUCUUGAUCUUUUUGCUGUUCUUCUCAUGACACGGUGUAAACAAUUAUUAUUAAUAGGAUUCAUUUUAAUGUCUCUCUUUUCCUCUCUCCAAUAUGAAGGAUGUAUGAACGUUGUAUUCAUUAGGCUUUGAGAGCUUGCGAAGGGAGCGAUUUCCUGGCAGGAGCUUCAGAAACUCGGAUGCCCGCAGGCUAUGUGGCUAAAGCGAUCUGGUUGGCAACGAAUUCGGAGCCGGAAAAAAGUCCCAUUGUUAAAACAGAGAUGGAAGAGAACCUGGAUCUUAGGAAAAAACAAUAAGAAAUGAUAGUCCAAUGUCUAGCACACAUACAAAAAAGUGCUCUGGAAUUCCUGCCUAUUAGCUGUAGAACAUAUCUCGGGUCUCUGAUCUGGUGGGCGAGAAAUUUUUCCUCGUAUUUAGCAGAAGUUUCAAGAAAUCCAGGUUGAAGUUGCACAGGCUCUAAGUGUAUUGUGACUUUGUCGAGUUAGAAUGUUAAAGGCUUAAUGACCAACGUGGAGGUUUACCAGUAUGUCUCGUGCUCCGCGAGGGGACGUACUCUAAAUGCUCAAAUGUUUCUUUGCACUUAAAUCGUUUCUUACGGCGCUGGUCGGCCCCGUUCCCGCCCGACACUUGUUUGAACCCUGUCAAGCAGUUUUAUUGUCUCGUGUUUCACUAAAGCGCUGAAAACAAACAGAAGUUGUGUCGAUUUUGUCUAUAUUGCCAACGCCAUUUGAGUCUCCAUCUGUAACAGUUUAUAGCUAAAAAAAACAAGAAGACACGAUGCAGUGAAAAACUGAACAGAAUGAAGAGCACCAGAGUAGCUCACAGUACCUCCGGACUAAGUUUGAGAGACAAAGUCUUCGCCUGUUUUAAUACUGUCACUUCUAAGCCCAGAUUAGUCCGACGGUUCUUCUCAUGUAUGUAUGGCAGAACCCGGUGUGAACCGUACUCCCGGCCUCCUCCACAAAGAGGCGAGUGGGCGGCAUUUACUCUCUCCCGCUCCCGUUCUCUGGGCCUUAUUCUCAAACAUUUCUGCAUCAAAGACAGAAAUACAAGAAAGGCCAAGUCUUCAAUGCUCUGUAUUUGUGUGUAACUUACAGAUGCCGUUUCUUCCACUCUGAAAGACUGAUAAAAAGGAGAAAAAAGAAUAGAGAAGCCUAUUCUGACCGUUGUGAGCACUGGCGUUUGUUUGAGUUUAAAAACGGGCCUUAGCUUCUCCGACUACGCUGCCGCAAUAUGUGGUCUCGCCGGAUGGCCGUUGAUUAAACAAGCCUGACGGGAGUCCGGAGCCCCCCCCCCCCUCCAGGGGGGUCUCGCUCACAAUCAGGCCCAUCUUUGUUCUGACCUGCGCCUUUGCAUCCAGUCGCCUCAAAGGGAAUGGUCAACAAGGCCUUUUCAUGUCGGGCAUUUCACAGCGCUCCUCGCCCCCUCCCUUCAUCCUGCCUCCCUGAAGGCUCGCAUCUCCUCCUACCCCUCCCCAUGGCCACCCCGCUGUGUCAUCCCCAUCCCGGGCUUUUCUUAUUUCUCCAAAAACUGACCGUGGCCCCGCCGGACCGAACACUGCUGCAGACCAGAACUGAUGAGUCAAACGCGAGUGCACCCAGAAGCUACUGUAGAGGCAGGCGACUCGCCCCCGCUGGUGUGUGAUGCAGUCGGUACGAGGCGUGGAACGCCACCGCGGUUUGUCCUUGAGCAAACACAAGCCACGUAGAGAAAAGGAGCGUUGUAGUGCAACCACACGUCUGCAACUACUGCCUUUUCUGAGAAGAAGGAAGAUGAGGUGCAGUUUUCUCACCUAUGUGGCAUUUAGAAAUCACAGAAUGGACUUUCGGAUAAAAACACGAGCGGUCGUUCCCACCUGAGCGUAAAGCGAGGAAAAGGAGCACAACUGGCAGUUGGGGGCUUCUGCCUGCAAUGAGCGAACCAGGGGGUCCCACUUCCCGACCUGCCGUUUGAGUGAAAAGUCGAGUGCAAAAGGUCAACAAACUCUGCAGGGUUGGGAACUUCAUAGGCAUGCCCGCCCCCCCCCCGCCGCCCCCCACAUCCCCUCUCUCCCCCCUCCGGAUGAAGUGCUGGUCAGCGUUUCGGCCAGCUCACACAGAAUUCACGCCACCUCGGAGGCGGGUCAGCUGUACAGUUAUUGUAUAUUGAACUACAAGGACUCGGGGGUUUUACUGGGCCGCCGUGUUUUUCAGAGACCCCUCUCGUAAAAAAAAACAAGAAAAUGCAAAGAAUACAAAGCGUCGCAUUGUGUACAUAUGGAUUCAAACGUUUCAAAAGGGUAUAAUAAGGUGCAAAUGUAUAUUAUUUAAAGUGUUUGAAAACAAUUAGACUGUGGUAUUAAAAGGGCAUGUGUUCAUUUGCGGUGUCUCCAUUUGACUUUUCUUGCAUAUUUGCGAUAAUAAAAGGAUGUACUGAUGUA